AUGGACCAUUGCAUCAGAAAGGACUUUGACGAAAACCUUGCAGUUCCGGCCGAUCAUCUGGCAAGCGAUGCAACAACCCCCGUCCCAAAUGACAUCAAUGCAAUGGAUUUGGAAGGAGACGCCAUAGCUGCCGGGAUCUUGGAUGACGAUGGCGACGACAAUGACGGCGGUUUGGGCGUGUACUUGGAGGCGAUGGCCGCCACUGGUGCGCCAGAGUCUUUGGCAAGCUUGUACUACCCACUCUAUGGCGGCGGAGGACAACAGGACGACGACGAGGGAGAAGGUGAUGGUGCUAAUCCAUCGUCGUCGAACGAAAAUGC